CGAAAUGGGCUCCCUCCUCUCGCAUCUUUCACACACACACACAACGGCACGUUCGUUGCUAGCUAGCGUUAGCACUGUUGCUCACGUAUUUAGUUCUGUAAAUCACUCGAGACCGUCAUGCUCACUGCUGAACUGUAGCCACGCAACCUUAGGUACUGCACGGAAGUCGUAUCAACUACUUUAACAACUGAAGGGUCACAACAGACAGUACUUUUCAGGUCAACAGGACUGGAGAUUAUUAAGAAGCUUUUAUAUUGGUUCAACUGUGUUCAACAUCCAGACUGCUCAGUCUAUGGCUCUGAUGGACAAACAUAAACAGGUCAAGCGCCAGAGGCUCGACCGCAUUUGUGAGGGCAUCCGGCCCCCCAUCCUGAACGGGCCUAUGCAUCCACGGCCACUGGUGGCACUUUUGGAUGGGCGCGACUGUACUGUUGAAAUGCCCAUCCUCAAAGAUGUCGCUACUGUGGCCUUCUGUGACGCCCAGUCUACACAAGAAAUUCACGAGAAGGUGCUGAAUGAGGCUGUAGCCGCCCUGCUUUAUCACACCAUAACUCUGUCUAGAGAUGAUCUAGAGAAGUUUAAAGGCCUCCGAGUAAUAGUCAGAAUUGGGUCUGGCUUUGACAAUGUUGAUGUCAAAGCAGCUGCUGAGCUUGGUAUUGCAGUGUGUAACGUUCCAGCAUCCUCAGUGGAGGAGACAGCCGAUACUUCGCUAUGUUUGAUCCUCAACCUUUACAGGCGAGUCACCUGGAUGCACCAGGCUCUCCGGGAGGGAACUCGAGCCUCCAGUGUGGAGCAGAUCCGAGAGGUUGCUGGGGGUGCUGCUCGUAUUCGAGGAGAGACGCUGGGCAUCAUUGGGCUUGGGCGUGUUGGCCAAGCGGUGGCACUGCGUGCCAAAGCUUUUGGGUUUGGCGUGAUCUUCUAUGACCCCUAUUUGCCUGAUGGCGUGGAGCGCUCCCUGGGCUUGCAGCGCAUGGCCACACUCCAGGACCUGCUCAUCCACUCUGACUGCGUAUCCCUGCACUGCAGCCUCAAUGAGCACAACCACCACCUCAUCAAUGACUUCACCAUCAAGCAAAUGCGUCAGGGAGCUUUCCUGGUGAACACGUCAAGAGGUGGCCUAAUAGAUGAGAAAGCACUGGCUCAGGCCCUAAAAGAGGGCCGGAUACGAGGGGCUGCAUUGGACGUCCAUGAAAGUGAACCCUUCAGUUUUUCAACUGGCCCCCUUAAAGAUGCCCCCAACCUGAUCUGUACUCCACAUACAUCCUGGUACAGUGAGCAGGCUUCGGUGGAGGCUCGGGAGGAGGCAGCUAGGGAAGUGCGCCGUGCCAUUACUGGGCGUAUCCCGGAUAGCCUGAAGAAUUGUGUGAAUAAAGAGUAUCUGAUGGCAGCAUCUCAGUGGCCCAGCAUGGAGGCUGCCACUGUUCACCCCGAACUUAACGGAGCAACCUACAGAUUUCCUCCAGGUCUGAUCAAUGUUGCCACAGGAGGGGGUCUCCCGGGAGCUGGCGCUGGGGUCGAAAGCCUCGUUUCGGGAAACCUGGCUCACGGCAUAGCCCCCGUCUCUCACCCACCACACGCCCCUUCCCCGGGGCAGCCGACGAAGGCCGAAGCCGACAGAGACAUCCCCUCUGACCAAUAGCCCCCCUCGCCACCCAUAGUCACCCCCACACCUCCACCCUCCCGUUGACCCCUGCUGCCGCCAGCACAUUCCGUCACCUCUGGAAAACCAGGCUCUAAACCUGUCUUCCAGCAUCGGACACAGUUCCACUCCCCGAAUACCAGGAAGACCUGAAGUGACUCCACAUGGUCUCACAUGACCAGCCCGGGACACAGCCCCACUUAAACCUGCAUCCAUCCUCAUUUCCCCGAUCCCACUCAGUCCCACUCCCUAAUGUCAGCAAUAACUUUCUUCUCAAGGAUUCAGUGAUUGGAUUGGUAUUUUUCUGUAGCUGGCUGUUGUUUCAAAGGAAAGUCGAUCCGUUGUGACUUUAGGUGUUGUUUAUAAAGGAAAAAAACAUUUCUGACAGCAAGGCUGCUUUCCAGUUGGCUGCAUCUUCUACUGAGGGCCAGUAGAGGUGCUCCGGCAGAAAGUGCCCCUUUGUCCGUGAAAGGCUCGUGUUACUGCUUUUGUCGACUUUAAUUUUCUCCCCCCGCCCUCCAUUUUCAGUCUACAUGUGACAAUAACAGAUCAUGUCUACUUAAAGAUAAACCAGACCCAAUCACAAAAAGCCUCACCUUCUGUCUAGUUUUGACUUUUUCCGCACGUAUUUAAAGCCCCAGAGUUCAACGAUGCCCUCGAUCCUCACUCUCCUCUUAGUUUGACAAAUUCACCUCUACUCGGAUCCACCCUGGGGCAUGAACUUUUGUCUCAUGCCCAGAAGCUCCAGCGUCACUAUGCCAUCAUGUGCUGCACGUAUGCGAGCCUCGCCUGCAGAGGGCGCCGCCCGACCAUUCAUUUCAAAUAAACGUGAAAGGCUCCAGUUUCCAGUUUAAACUUUAGUAAAGCAAUGACCCCACACUGACCUAACCAGGCCGUACGUCCCACUACUGCCACCAUGCCCCCCAGCCCCACACAUGCUCAUGAACCCAGUAUGCAUCCUUCCUUUAAACGUUUGGGGACAGUAGAGCUGAAUUCCUCAGUCGGAGCGAGGGGGACAUUAUUCUUGCAUGCUAGCUUUGUUAACGACAGUGGUGUGUACAAGAAUGUGUGUGCAGGAGUGUGUCCCUUUGCACCGUUUUCUUUCCAAAGGAAUAGUCCCUGCGUGUAACUCUUUAACCCUGUCGCUCUGGUGUCAAGGAAACACCUUUCUAGUACCUCAGUAACAGAUAUUGAAUGUACCGUGCAUACCCUUUUAUUUUUUUGUACAGAUUUUCUAGAUUCUUCUUACUGUUCUUUACCAGAAGGGUUGUGAUAUUGUAGCAGUAAUGACAAAAUGAGAAAUGGCCCCAGUCACAAAAUAAAGCGACACAUAGGUUCUCUCUCUCACUAUAGGUUACGGAAUACUCAGGCUUUGAAACCAAUGCUCGCCUGUUUUUGCCUUGCCCCCGGCCCCCUUUUUGCCUUGCCCCCGGCCCCCUUUGUCCUCCAUCUUACUGGCUAACGAUUAAUGAGGAACAAAGAAAGGUGGUCCUUGUGCUUUGCUAGGUUUCUUUCACUAGAGCAUUAGUGGUAGAUGCUUCAUUUUGUUCUUUUUGCGUCCCUUUUGUCAUUGCCCUGCUGCUGUUUGUUGUGCAUGUGCGAUUUGUUUUAAGCAGAUAAAAAGAAACUUACAAAUUAGUGGCUGCUUCUCUUUAUGCUGAGUGUGUUUAACCCCAGUUGCCAUUUAUGUCGUGAUCAGUUUUCAGUAAUGUGCAGUUUUGCCCCCCCCCCCCGCAGAGUCCACAAGUGACUUGGAGCAUGUGAUGCUUGGCUCCUCUGUCAUGUGAUGAGUAUAUAUUUUUAAGAGGAAUGACCCCCCCCCCCCCCCCCCCCCCCCCAAAUAGUUCCGUUAAUGAGUAAUCUUACAUUUUGCUGUUGAUGAUGAUUAUAUAUAUAUUUUUUCAUUUCAGCCGUGCACUGUCAUGUAUACCAGUUAGUUUUAAUGUAAAUGCCGAUUUCUUUUUAUGGAUAAUUGCUGUCUGUGUUCUACAUGUUGUACUGAAAAGUAUCAUGAAAUCUCCCCCCUCCUCCUUCCUACUUCAACUCCACUUCCCACCUUAAGACCCAGUCUCCCGCCCCCCAGGCCUUACUAUCCUAUUCUCACUGUAGCCGUUCUAGAAAGUCGCCAUGGAACCACUCACUGCCUUAAAAACAGUUGACCACAGAAAGUGACCAGUAAAAAUAAACAAGCCAAAAAAAACGAGAAAAUCUUCCUAGUCCACAGUUGGCUGAAUUCUAUAAAGGUGUAUUAAGGUCACACUGAAAUGGAGGAAAAAAAAGUUAAAUGACGAGGAAAAGGUCGCAAAGUCGUAUUGCUGCGAGAUAAUAAUUUUAAGGGGUGAUUGCAAUUUACAAAAAACAACACUUUUUGACAUAUUUGUUAAAACUGUAAUUAUGAUCCGACAGUAGCGGGAUGUGUGCUCAGGGGUGCAUGACAAAUGAUUGGUACCUCAAGUCACACCUUAUGUCUUUGGUUGUUUUUCCUCAGGUGCAGUAGUUUCUUGCGAGUCAAAUUAGCGGCACAAGAUGGGGCCAGGGACGGCAGAUUUAUUUUUAUUUUUUUCACAGAUCAUAAAAAUCAUGGACUACUGCAUGUCAUAUCAGUUUGAACAAAUACCACAAAAAAUAUUUUGAAAUUCUCAAACUCCCCUUUAACGGCUAAAUGUCAAAAAUGUCAAAAAGAACUUAAAUGAUACCUGAGGAUAUGAGACAAAAAAACUGAGUGUUUGUUAAUCAAAUAAUGUCAAAAAAUAUUUGUUGAAACACCUGAUGGUUGUGCAAACACAAGAAGGCAUCCAGGUUAGGCGGAGACAAACAUUUGUCAACCACAUUAAACUGUUUGUACUGAUGAUGGUGUCGAUGUGCCAAAAUGUUGACUUAUUGUGAAACUAAUUUAACAUUCUCAACAAUCCUCCUCUUAAUGUAGUUAAGUUGAUAUUUAUACUUUUCCUAAAACUACCACUUUUUCCUCAAGUUACUUUAUUCUCGUAAUUUUUAAACUUUAUUCUCAUUGUACCUUUUUUUUCCCCCCACCUGCGCUGUGUGGCUCUAAUACUCCUUUAGUGAAUUCUAGAUCACCUUUUCAGCAAUUGAACCUGGUGUUGAAAGUUUUUAUUUUUGGAUCAAAGACCUAAAACAGAUAAAUCCCUCCCCACCUCUAAAGUCAUGCCAGUAGUGUGUUUAUGUUCUGGCUAACAGAUAAGCACAGUGUGUGUGUGUGCGCGCGUGUGUGGUCACAAAGCUCCAGCUGAUAUUUCACUCUUAGGUGUUAGAAUGCAGCAUCACCACAGUUACCCUUGCUCCUACUAUUUCUGCUACAAUUCGGGGCUUUUGAAGGGCCCUUUACUCUGCUGCCAGACCCCCCCCCCCCCCCCCCCCCCCCCCCCCCCUUCAAAAGGGCUGGAGUGCUUGUGGUGCGGCAGACACUGGUGUCAUCUGACCUCCGACCACCCCCCCGAAAAAAAAAAAAAACAAUUGGUCACUUUUUCUCUCUCAGGGUUGAAAUGCACACAUAUCCUUUAGCAAUUGUCCUCCCUCUGAAUGUAGAACAGCCUCGUGUGUUUUUAGAAGCCUCUAACCUCUUCUCUUGUGCCACACCUCACUUUUCCUACUCUCUUGUUUUCCUUUUGGCACUGACAUCUAACCAUCUAACAAGGAGUGAAUGACUGCUUGAAAGUGACUGUGUGUGUUUGUGUUAUGUUAAGAUUGGGAAAUGUAUUUUUACAACGUGAACGUUUUGUUUUCCUCCUCCCUCUCACCCUCAUUUGUGAACUGAUUUUUCACCAGACUGCAAAAACACAAAAAAGGAAAAAAAAAAAAAAUGUAACUAGGCUCUUAAGCUUUAUUUUUUUUUUGACUUUUUUUUAUUAGAAACAAUCAUGUUUGUGAUGGUAAUUCCCAAUGGUAAACUCCACACCGUAUUUUAAAUAAAAGUUUAAAAAUUAAAAACCUGUUUACAUCUUUAA